CCGCCUCCCGCCCCGGCCUGGCGCGCCCGGAGCCACCAUGAGCUGCGCCGCCGCCGCGCUGCUGGGGCUGAGGGGCGCCGCUGCCCCCCGGCUUCUGCGGGCAACAAGCAGCCGCCGCCGCUGGAGCAACCUGGGCGGCGGCUCCUGCGAGCCCCAGGCGGGCUCGGCCGUGCGGGUGGGCUGCGCUGCGGGCUUCUGGGGAGACACGGUGGCCUCAGUUCCUCAGCUUCUCUAUGGAGGAAAACUGGAUUUUCUUGUUUUUGAUUAUCUUUCUGAAAUUACAAUGUCUCUGUUGACAGCUGCAAAAGCCAAAUCACCGGAUUUGGGUUACACUCCUGAUUUUGUGUUUACUGCAAUGGGUCCCUAUAUUAAGGACAUUCACAGGAAAGGUGUUCGUGUCAUUAGUAAUGCUGGUGGAAUGAAUCCACUUGCAUGUGCUGCUGGUCUUCAAGAGGUGGCAAAGAAAGCUGAUGUUGAUUUGAAAAUAGCUGUUGUUGCUGGAGAUGAUCUGAUGGGCGAGAAAGACAGCCUAAAAGGAGAUGGUAUCACAGAUAUGGAGAAUGGGAAGCCAUUUCCAGAGAAUAUUCACAGCAUGAACGCAUAUCUUGGAGCAAGACCAAUAAGCAGGGCUCUUGACCUUGGAGCUGAUAUUGUUGUGACUGGUAGAUGUGUUGACAGUGGCAUUGUAUUAGGACCACUCAUUCAUUCUUUUGGCUGGAACAGGGAUGAGUUUGACUUACUAGCAGCUGGAAGUCUUGCAGGCCAUCUCAUUGAAUGUGGUGCUCAGUGUACAGGUGGAAUAUUCACAGACUGGCAUACUAUUCCAGACUGGCAUAACAUGGGGUUUCCCAUAGUAGAAUGUUCUUCUGAUGGAUGCUUUACUCUAUCCAAACCACCUGACACAGGAGGCCUAAUCUCUUUUGGCACAGUGGCUGAACAGUUGGUGUAUGAAAUUGGCAAUCCUCAGUGUUAUCUCUUACCAGAUGUCACAUGUGACUUUUCUCAAGUUUCCAUUACUGAAAUUCCAGGUAUUGAAGGUGGGGCAGUGAAAAUUCAUGGAGCAAAAGGAUCAUCUCCUUCAACGUUUUAUAAGGUAAAUGCCACUUACCUGGAUGGUUUUAGAGCUACAGCUGUCUGCCCAGUGAUAGGGCCAAAGGCAGUGGAAAAGGGAAGACAAACUGCGGAAAGCAUUCUGAAAAGGACUCGCCAUAUUUUCAGUCAGCUUGGGUUUGAAGAUUACUGUGCAGUUAACAUACAGAUUUUAGGUUCUGAAGAUACAUAUGGACCCCAUGCUAAAAAGAAAAUAGAUGAUGGUCCACGGGAAGCUGUUAUCUGGCUUGCUGUACACCAUAAGCAGAAAAAGGCUGUGGAAAUCUUCUCCAGAGAGAUUGCACCAGCUGGAACUGGAAUGGCACCUGGUCUUACUGCAGUUGUUGGAGGACGUCCAAGAGUGUCUCCAGUUCUGAAACCAUUUUUCUUCCUUUAUCCCAAAAGAAAUGUCAAGAUCAACAUCUUUUUGAAUGGACAACAUGUUGAAACAUUUCAGGAAGAUCUUACAUUUACGUCAGAUGCAGUUGUUUCACUUGAUUCACCAAAGACAGAUGAUGAGUUAAGAGAUCUGCCAUGUGGUCCACAUACAUAUCGUUUAGAAGAUCUUGCUUAUACUAGAAGUGGAGACAAAGGCAACUCUGCAAAUAUAGGUGUGAUAGCACGACAUCCCCUCUAUUAUCCAUACCUAAAGAAAACUUUAACUGCUCAGGCUCUGGAGGAUUAUUUCCAGCAUCUUUUAGAGAGAGAACAACCUGAAGAGAAGUUAGUCACAAGAUAUGAAUUGCCAGGAAUACACGGAUUAAACUUUGUUCUGAAAAAUUCCCUUGGUGGUGGCGGUAUUGCAUCCUUAAGAAGUGACCCACAGGGCAAGGCAUUUGGACAGAUGUUACUGGAUUUCCAGAUAAAAAAUGUUCCAGAUUUAAAGUCCUUAAUAGAAUAAUGAUUUUGGGGUUCAUCUGUUUUUAAAACUCUGAAUACAAACAAACAAACUUGCUAAACAAAAACUAGCUUCUUGAGUCAAAUUCAAGAAACUGCAAACUAAAGUGGUGGUGACAGUUCUCUCUCUCAGGCUUAAUUGUAAGGCACAGAAAACUGAAUAUUUUGAGUAUUACCAGACAAGUAGCUUUGUCUGAGACUAAUAGCAUUUCCUGUCUAGUUAGUACAUUGGAUAAAGAGUUAAUUUAUUUCCUGUAAAAUAUAAUAAAGCAAUAAAAUAAAAAAUAACAAUUUUACUGUGAGAUAACCACACUCCCAAAAUGAAAACUACCUUUUGAUCCAGUCCUCCUCUCCGUCCUUCUUUAGAACUCUUAAUAAUUAAGAGGAAUAAUAUUGUUGAACUCUUAACUGCUCCAGUCCACCACCUUCAGUCUGCAUUGUGAUCUUGCACAGUAUAUCCCUUACAUAUACAGAACAGUCAGAUAACUUGGUGCUCGUCUAUUGAAAAAAUCACCAUUUAGCAACGACUGUCAAACUGUGGUAGCUGAGGUCAGUUUUUUCCCUCUAAUUAGGGCAGUAUAUAGCUGCAGUAACUGUGUAGUGACUAAUGGUGAAUAUUGACUUUGAAUGGUGACUACUAUACUUCAGGAUAUUCUGCAGUCAAUGAGAGAAAGCUGAGUGUUUUCUAUCCCCAACUUCUCUCAUUGCCUAUAACCCUUAUUUGAACAGCACCGAAGUAAUUACAAAAUGGAGCUCUUGUCAUGUGGAUUAUUUUGAAGAAGAAAAAACGCUAACAGCCAGAUUCGAUGCCCCACUCUCUCUUGUGUGGUGCUACAAAAGGAAUGGAAUCUGGUCUUAUCACCUCUGUUGGAGAUUCCCCUAGUCCACAGGAGUUCCCAGCAGGUGCUGAGUAAGUUUAGCUGUCCCUUGCACCACCCUUCUCCACAACCCCGGGGGCAGAAAAGAGGCAUGUCUGAUAUGCACUGUAUUCCAUCUAUCCUCAGCUUCCCAAAAGUACACUGACCUAUUCUGCAUCAGAGCUGCUGCCAAACAGUGAAUUAGAGAGUUGUAUCCAGCUCCCUGAAAAGAAACAGCCUAAUAGAGAUUCAGGCCUGAUAAUUCUCUGUAUCUCCCACCACAGCAGAAAGAUAUGUAUGUUUGGGGGUUUUAAAAUCUCUUAGUGGACAAUGUUUCAAUACUUUUAUAGUCAGAAAUCUGUAUGUUCCUUUAUUUUCAGAAGAAUUUAUUAACUGUUUAUUGCUGAUAAAAUUGAGACUUUAAUAAUAGUGGUUACAACUAUGAAUGAUGUAUAGGUGCUUUAUAAGCCUCAUCAGAAAUCUUUGGCAGUGCCUCUGAGCUCUAAUCCGUUCUAUCACUGUUCUCCAUUUGCUAGCCUAUCAUUAGCAAGGAUUGUAACUGAAUUUUUCCAGUUUGCAUUGUGGUUUUGUCCACUUGAGGACUAUGUUGAGAACAUCAUGUGUGGAAUCUUGACCCUAUUAAAGUUAAUGACAAAACUCACAUGGAA